AUGCCCACCAACACUUCGCCGCUGCCGCGGCAGCCGCCCCGGAACUCCACCAGCACCUACCACCGCACCAUUGCAGCACCACCACGGCCGGGGCCUCCCGCGCCAGCCAGCCGCGACGCCGGACCACCCACGCCGGAGCCGGCCCGCAGGGCCGGAUCCGACCCGGCGGUGCCCCGCCACCCCUCGGCGCCGCCGCCCCCACACGGCCACGCGCCACCACCUUCCCCGGCACCGGCCACCUUCCCAAGCACCGGCCACGCAGCGCCCGCAAUGGCCACUGCCCGACCGGCCCGGGCCAAGCCCGAGAUCGGGCCCGCCGAGCCGCCGCCAGCAGCCACGCACCAUGCCGCCGUCCUCCGCCCGUCCCGCCGCGAGGUCCACGGCGACCUCGCCCGAGGCCGCCGCCCGCCGCACCGCGACGCCUCUGCGCAGCACGCGCCCCGCGGUCGACGCCGGCGCCGCGCGUCUCCACCCACGCCUCCACGGAAUCCGAACCCAACCACCGCGCGGACCAAUGUUCAGGAGCAUAUAACAAAGUAUAUGCAUAAGAAGUCCCCUGCUGUUGGUCCCUCGACGCUAGCUCCGCCCAGCGCUCCCCAAGCUACCCCACAACCAUCUCCUCCUCCCGCGGAUCAAUCUCCUGCUCCUGCUGCAUCCACGCCACCGGAAAUAAUUCCGGUUAGCAGCGGCAGAGCGGAUGGAGAAAGUUCUGGCGGCAAGGGCCCCGUUCAAGACGAAACUGAAGGACAAGGCCGUGAGGAAGUAGAAGUCACUUCCUCCGGCAAAGCUGAAGCUGCAACUGGUGAUAUGGUCGUUUUCCCCAAGAAUUUUGGAGAUCCGGCCGACCUUACCUCCGUCCCAAAAGCCUAUGCCACCAAGUUUUUUAACAAACUAACUGAGGCGGAAAAGUGGGAAUUAGAGCAAGAUCUGCUCAACUCUAUGCUGAACAAUGCCUGGGGUAAACCAGACGUCGAGACGUCGGAGAUCCAGGAUUUCAAAAAGGACGUUGGCCAGUUCUUCGACAAGCUUGAACAAAAGGCUCUGCAUUAUGAGUUGCACAAGAACAUUGCGCUUCAGCGUCGUGUGACCAUCAGCCAGGCGGAGAAGAUCCAGCGUUUCCAAACGGAGAACGCGGAGUUGAAGAAACAGCUAUCAGAAGCCCAAGGUGCCUCCUCGUCCCUCGCUGCAGCCUCCUCCGAACUGGAAACUCUGCGCGCCUCCCAGAAAACCCUUGAGACGAAACUUGCAGAGGCGGAGAAGAAACUGGCGGAGAAGAACUCGGAGCUCAUCCAAAAAGAAGGGGAAUUCCAAUUAAAGAGAAACACUGACCGCGACACCAUUAAGAAGCAACAGAAAGAACUUGGUGGGCUCCGGAAAUAUAUGGAGACAGCGGAGGCGUCAUGGGACUGGCUGAUCUCCGGUGUCCUUGAUCCUCUUGGAUAUGACGAGGAGCAUCGGAGCCAAUUCCCCCGGGACGAUCUGAUUCAGCUGGCUGGCGAUGACUGCAAGGAUCUCAUAUCCGCUGCCCGGAAAAUCUGCCAUAACCUGAAUAUCAAGAAAAGCCAAAGCUGCGAUGUUCGCGAUCUUAUCACCAGGAUGGACAUGCUACCGGAGUUGGUGGUGGAUCUUCAGGCAUCUUCAGCUCGAGGCGCAGCUGCUAUGUCCCUGGCCAUGUGCUUGGGGCACAACCCGGAUCUGGAUGUCAACAAGGUGACUACGGGCGUGCCGGCAGACGAGGACGUUGGCGCGCUACUGGAUGCAGACAAGGUAGUGCUUCCAGCCGACGAGCCCCUCGAAGCUGAGCUUCUCAAGGAGCGCGAGGCGGAGGCCAAACCUGCUCAAUCCGGAAGCCAGUAUACCUGGACAAGCUCCAAGGACCAAGGUGGCGCUGCAUCUCCGUCUACAGAUGAAGAAGAAGAUGAUGACGACGUCUCCUCUCCGGCUAAGGGUGAAGAGACAGAUGCUCCUGCAACUGAUGUUGACGCGGAAACUUCUCCGGUGAAGGAGAAGUGA